AUGAUCCUGCAAGCCAUGGCCUCCUCCUCCUCCUCCUCCUCCUCUCUCCUCAUCCUCCUCCUCUCUCUCUCCGCGGCGGUCGCCUCCGCCGGCGGCGACCUGCCGCCAGUGCAGGACUACCUGCCCAGCUACGGCCUCCCAAAAGGCCUCCUCCCCAACGCCGUCGUCAACUACACCCUCUCCGAGGACGGCGAGUUCGUGGUGGAGCUGGCGGCGCCCUGCUACGUCCAGUUCACUGAUCUCGUCUAUUUCGAUCGCGUGCUCAAGGGGAAGCUCACCUACGGCGCGGUCACCGACGUCUCCGGCAUUCAGGUGAAGAAGCUGUUCAUCUGGGUCUCCAUCACCGGCCUCGCAGUCACCUCCGACGGCAAGUACAUCGAGUUCCAGGUGGGCAUCUUCUCUCAGAAGCUCCCCAUCUCCCUCUUCACCGAGAUACCCAACUGCAGGAAGAACGCCGCCGGCCGCAGUGGCUGCCACGGCCGGAGGCACGGCGGCGCCACCGCCGAUGCCUCCGCUGUCGCCGCCUACUAA